UGUCUGUGGUUCCUCCUCAUCCAGAGGAGAACGCGGGGCUUCUCUCUUCUCUGCCCGGCCUCUGUGUGUGUGUGGACUCGGACGUGAGGCGGUGGUUGUGUUGACUUUCCUCGCUGGGCUGUGAACAUGCAGACUUCCAGCUGCGCCAUUGGCCGCUUCUUCACCGUUUUCCGUCGCCGUCCGCGCGCAAACGUGCGUCUUUUUGCGCAGAUCAGACACAUCCGCCCAUCACGAGGACUGUCUCGUGAGGCUCAGUCGAGGUCAGUGAUGCUCCACCAUCAGGACCAGCCUCUGAACUCAGGCUACGGAGGUCAGGGAGGCUCAAACAACAAGUCCUCCCCCUCGCUUCGAAACAGGAAGGGCGACAAAGACGGCAACUUCAACUUCCUGCCCGGGAAAGAUGACGAGGGCUACACAGGCAACGGAGGAGGGGACGAGAACCGGAACCAGGUGCGUCCCCGCAGCUUGGGCCCGCUGGGUCGCGAUCCACCGAGCUCCUCGCCAUCGUAUCACCACAACGCACAGCGGUCCCGCAUGCCCUGCUGGAGCCCCCUGGAGCCCCUGCCCGAAAUCGAGACCGGGGAGGACGGGUAUGGACGAGUUCCCCCGGAUGGAGCGGAGGAAAGGAGGAUGGAGGAAGAGGAGGGAGGGAUGAUGAUGAGUCAAAAUGAGAUGAAGCAGCAGAUGAAGCAGCUGCAGAGGAGGAAAGGCAGCUCGGGAGUCAAAGGGAGAGAAGAGGAGAAUGGAUUACUGGAGCUGGAGGACGGUGACGAAUGGGGCGACAGCGACUCUGGGUCCGAGUACAGCGGCCGGUCCGGCAGCAGCAUGUCCCCCAUCAACCCGGAGAGCGGCGGCGAGGGGGUGCUGAUGGGAGGCUGGGACCGCGUUGGAGUCGGAGAACCAAAAUCCAACCACAAGGACGGCGACCGGCCCUCGAACAGCAACCGAGAACCAGCUGCACGACACCACAGCCGCAAGUCGCUGACAGGAAGCAUGCUGGCAAACCUUCAGGAGGAAAGAACCGAGGAGCAGGACGACGACGAGCAGUCUUCAGGGUCAGACGGCGGGCUGAUGGACGCCGUGUGGACGCUGCGGGACCGCGAGCGCUUCAAGGCCCAGGAGAUGGAGAAGCACCAGGUGCAGCUGACCAUGUACCGCCGCCUGGCGCUGAUCCGCUGGGUGCGCACGCUGCAGGGCCACGUGGAGGAGCAGCAGAACCGCCUGCAGUCCAGCUUCGACGUCAUCCUCACUCACAGGAAGGAGCUGCUGCGCAUGGGCGCCGCCGCCACGGUGGCCAACGCCACUCCCACCACUGCUGUGGGACAGUCAUGAGAAGGGAGGGAGUGACAGGAAGUGGUUAAAAAACUGUAUAUCUGCUCGAUUCACUUCUUUCCUGAAGGCAUUUCUACGGUGGCCUAGAGGGCUCAAAGCGCUGCAAAUUAAGAAAACACAAAUAGAAAAAAACAAAUUGAGAAAACAACAUUGCAACUCUGCAAAAAGACACAACACGUGCAAAUACAGAAAGAAGCUGCAAAUAGCUACAACAGAAAUGUUUCCAGGGGACCCAAAAAAGUGAUGCACCAGCUGUAGUUCAAUGUGAAGGUAUUGAAGUCUGCUCCUCGUCAGUGGUGAUGGAACUUCACAAAGCAGGUGCAUCACGUUUCUGGGUCCCCUGGAAACAUUUGACGAUGUCGUUUUUGCUAUUUGCACGUGUAGUGACUUUUUGCACCUUAUGUGUCGUCAAAUUGAUUAAUUGAUUUAUUACUUAAUUGAUUAAUUAGCACGUUUUUUUUUUGGUUUGCACGUGUCUGUUCUGUUUGCACGUGUUUUCUUAAUUCGCAGUGCGUUCUCUCUUGGCCACCGUUCAUUUCCCCUAUAAAAAAAAAACAAUCUCCCAUCUUCCUGUUUUUCAUUUUAGUGACUCACACUCAUGUUGCUGAUUGCGAUGACGCACAAACGUGUGUUUUUGUUGAUUUUCUUUACCGGAGCAAUAAGUGUUUGACUCAUCUUCAUUCAAGAAGACUUAAAUGUCCCAAAUUUAAACGUAUGAUUUUAGGAUGUAUUCUUUUUAGAGCAAUGGAGAAAAAAAAGAUUGAAAUGUUUAUAUCUAAAAAAGAUCUAUGUGCAUAUGUUGUCAUCGCUUGUAUUGACUUGUGUGUAGAGAACUCUGCCUGUACCAAACAAUAAUUUGAGAAUAUAAUAGAUUUAAGUGUAAGAGAUGAUUUAUAGUUGCUGUACAUAGUUAUAAUAGAAUCAAGAAUAAAUAAAAACGACCUUAUACCUCAA